GAAUGACAUAAAUGUGAAAAAUAAAGAAUUUGUUUGUAUUGAAAACUUAAAGAGUUUCUUAAGUGAUGCUGGAAUGAUAUUUGAUAACAUAAAGCUAUUACAAGAGGUGAAAGCUAACAGUAAUACUAUAUUUCAUAGCAACAAGCAAAGCUUAGAAGAAGUAAAAGUGAAACUUUACGAUCUACUUCCUGUUGAUAUAAAAAUUUAUAAGCCAUCUUUGCAAAAGAUUCUUGAAGCUAUCA